GCUUUGGAUUCUUUAAGCUAAUCGUGCCUGCCAGCUUCCACUACUCGGUUUCGUUUGAUGCUGAGAGGGUAGCAUCGUGGAAUGAAGAACAGCUCGCCACUCUAGAAAGCGAAAUUCGAUUAAAAAAAUCAUUGGAGUCCUUUCAUCUAUCAUAUUCAUAUCCCUUCUUUAAGGAAAAUAUAAAGUCCUAUCAUUCAGAUGGGUGCGGCGAGGUGAGGUGAGGGGAAAAUAUAAAGUGAAGGCUAGAAGUUGGGCAGGGAAGCCCUGUUCUUUUUAGCUUGUGGGUAGGAGGAGAAAGGAAGAAGCUUGGAGUCGGGGCUGUGGAAAUGAUGAUGGAGAGGCGGAGGAGGAGAAGGGUUGAGCUGAUUAUGUUGUUUACAGUGCUGAUAUUCUUCUGCAUUCUGGGUUGCAUCUCUGCUGCCACAGAUCCAACCGAUGCUUCAGCUCUAAGUGUCAUGUACAGUUCCUUAAACUCACCAGGUCAGCUGACCCAGUGGAGCGCAAAUGGUGAUGAUCCUUGUGGCCAGAAUUGGAAAGGCGUUACAUGUUCUGGCUCGCGAGUCACGGAAAUAAAAUUGUCCGGUCUUGGACUCUCUGGGACAAUGGGGUACCAGCUUGACAGUUUAAAAUCAUUAAAAACCCUGGACAUGAGCAGCAAUAAUCUUGGAGGCAAUAUACCUUACCAAUUGCCACAAAACCUGGAAAGAUUGAAUCUCGCUAAUAAUCAGUUCAAUGGAGGAAUACCAUAUUCCAUUUCUCAGAUGGCCUCUCUGAAGUACUUAAGCCUUGCUCAUAAUCAGCUUCAGAAUCAACUGGGAGAUAUGUUUGGAUCACUUACUUCCUUGUCCACAUUGGAUAUAUCUUCCAACCAACUAACAGGGAAUCUGCCUGAGAGUUUUGGCUCCCUUCCAAGCAUGACAAAUAUGUACCUACAAAACAACCAAUUCACAGGCACCAUUGAUGUCCUUGCUAGCCUUCCUCUUCAAACCCUGAAUAUUGCUAACAACCGUUUCACCGGCUGGGUUCCACAACAGUUGAGCAGCAUUAACAUCAUAAAGGACGGAAACAAUUGGAACUCUGGACCUGCACCCCCUCCUCCACCUGGGACGCCUCCAGUCCACAAACUUCCAGGCCAUAAACCUGGCGGCAAUGGUGGUGCAUCAAAUGCUGGCAGUGCUGAUGAUAGUGGCAGCAAAAAAUCAGGAAUAGGGGGAGGUGGUAUUGCUGGAAUAAUUAUAUCUAUCUUGGUCGUUGGUGCAAUAGCUGCCUUCUUCUUUGUGAGAAAAAGAUCCAGCAGGAGAUCAUCAGAUGUUGAAAAGCUUGAUAAUGAACCAUUUGCUCCUCUUUCUGGCAAUGAAGUAGAAGGCAAGUUCGAAAUGAAAUCCGUACACAGUUCAUCCUCAAUCAACACUAAAACUUUUGAUGUCCCAGCGUCAAUGACUCUCAAGCCCCCACCUAUUGAUCGCACAAAAUCAUUUGAUGAGGAUGAAUCUGUCAAGAAGCAUGUUGUCAAGAAACGUGUUGCAGCUCCUGUUAAUGUCACAACAUACUCAAUAGCGGACCUCCAAUUGGCAACUGGAAGCUUCAGUAUCGAGCAUCUUCUUGGUGAAGGGUCUUUUGGGCGUGUUUAUCGAGCUCAUUUUGAUGAUGGGAAGGUGCUUGCAGUGAAGAAAAUAGAUACAGCUGCUUUAUCCAGUGAAAUGUCUGAAGAUUUUGUGGAGGUGGUUUCAAAGAUCUCUGACUUGCAUCACACGAAUGUGACAGAGUUAGUGGGCUAUUGUUCUGAGCAUGGACAACAUCUGCUAGUCUAUGAGUUCCAUAGACAAGGAUCCCUACAUGACUUGCUGCAUCUAUCAGACGAAUACAGCAAGCCCUUGAUAUGGAAUUCUCGAGUCAAGAUAGCACUUGGGACAGCUCGUGCAUUAGAGUAUCUUCAUGAAGUAUGCUCUCCAUCUAUAAUUCACAAAAACAUCAAGUCAGCAAACAUACUAUUAGACACUGAGCUGAACCCUCACCUUUCAGACUCUGGCUUGGCAAGCUUUCUGCCAAAUGGAGAUCAGGCAUUGAACCAGAAUGCAGGUUCCGGUUAUAGUGCACCUGAGGUCGCUAUGUCUGGCCAAUAUACUCUUAAGAGUGAUGUGUAUAGCUUUGGAGUAGUGAUGCUGGAACUUCUUACUGGGCGUAAACCAUUUGACAGUUCAAGGUCGAGAACUGAGCAAUCUCUGGUCCGUUGGGCGACACCACAGCUGCAUGACAUUGAUGCAUUGUCUAAAAUGGUUGAUCCAGCACUAAAUGGACUUUACCCUGUUAAAUCUCUCUCCCGGUUUGCUGAUGUCAUCGCUCUUUGUGUUCAGCCUGAGCCUGAAUUCCGGCCACCUAUGUCCGAAGUAGUGGAAGCACUGGUUCGUUUAGUGCAGCGAGCUAACAUGAGCAAGCGAACGACUGGGAGCGAACAGACAGCAGGCUCCCAAGCUGAAAACUCGUCAGAUGCACAGGAUUACAUGUCUUAGUUGGCUGCACAAUGUCUUCCCUCCCUUCCUCUCCCCAGAAACUCAACCGGGCCUUGGUACAGUUGGUUGGGUACUAGUAGUAUACAGUUGUUGUCAUUGCUUGGAAGUUUUGCUACUGAGGGUCAUCGGUUGUCAUUCCAUUGUACUUGAAGUAACCCCGAUUUGUGACAUACUGUUUACUGUGUCAAUAUUGCUCGCUGUCUAAAAAUUCCCCUUCAAUAGUCUGCUUGGUGGGCUUACAAGUUUGAAGAUAAAUGGUGUAUCUUUAUAGAUUUUUUUAGUCUCGGUAAUGGUCAAUAUAAAUGGACAUAAUCAU